UUGCAAGAUUGACCCGAGUGCCCACUAAGGUAGUGGUAUACGUCGUCAAUAUAAGCCACUGUCGCUUUCUGGCAAUGCUAGUUCUUUGGGCCCAUUAUACAGAGUAAAAGAAGGAACUUCAUCAUGAGGGCCGUAGUAUUCUUAUCUUGCCUGGUCGUGGUCCUCGCUGCGGACAAAUACAACAGUAAAUACGACAACUUCGACGUCGAGACCCUGAUCUCCAACGACCGUCUCCUGAAGGCUUACAUCAACUGCUUCUUGGAAAAAGGAAGGUGCACACCAGAAGGAGCUGAUUUUAGAAAGGCCCUCCCUGAAGCAGUUGAAACCACAUGCGCCAAGUGCACAGAAAAACAGAAGAACAACAUCAGGAAGGUAAUCAGAGCCAUCCAACAGAAGCACCCGAAGCAGUGGGAAGAGUUGGUGAAGAAGACUGACCCCUCAGGCAAGCAUCGCGCUGGCUUCGACAAGUUUAUUCAGAGCAAUUAAGUCCAAAAUUCUCAGCCAAAAUGCAGGCACUUUUCUUUUCUUCACCCAUCGUUAACGUUACAUAGAGUCGUUAGGUCACGAGAUUAAUCGCUUUACCAUGACUGCAAUGGGUUGUGAGCGUGGAAACAAUCUUAUUUUUCCUGAAGAAUUAUUCGUUUCAAUUGAUGUAUAAUUUUACUGCGAUUAGACCAUAAGAGAGUGAAAAAAGUUAUUUUGAUUCAGCAUUCGAUAAAUGAAGUAGAUGCAUCACCAGAUAUGAAUAUUAAUAUAGAGAUACAACCAUGGAACGAAUAAUUCUUCUAAUAGCUUUAAAUUUUCUGGACGAGUUAACUGCUAUAUGAGCAGUUGCAUACAUUUACAUAAAAUUUUGAUCCUUCAGCAAAUGUCUGAACUCAUUUUGCUGAAUCUGACUUGACUUUUCUUUUAAUUUUAAUUUAUUUUAGAUUUUUGGCCCACCUUCAGUAUCCUUCCACAAAUACUUUCUCUUAAUGUCCUUAGACUUAUUAAUUACUUUUACUUACUUGUAAUUUUACUUUAAGUUAGUUUUUGUGAAUCUCUUUUACAUGGCUCUCUAUUACCUUUUUAUAAUUUUUAAAUUUUUUGAUGUCUUAUCAUCAAUCGAAUUCUGUUAUUUAUUCAAUAGUAAUUAUACUCCAAAAAAUGUGAUUGGCCUUCUAGUUUAAGAAUUUAGGUCUAAAAUGCUAUUAAAAUGAAAUUGAUAUCAUGAUGAUCAUGAAUGUUGACUGAUAUUGUAAUAAAGAGUUGAAUAAUA